AUGGAGUGUCUCGCAAUUUGCUGUCAGAAAAGUCACGAUCCUAUAGUCCUUCCAGAUGGAGAGAGUAUCCUUCUUGGUCGGGGACCGCUAACCAGAAUAACAGACAAAAAAUGUUCAAGGAACCAAGGUAAGUUGAAUCAAAUGGUACAGCAGACAAUAAAUAAAAUCAAACAAAUAACUUAAAUAAAUCGUGAAGACUCUCUGUACAAGAAAGUCAAGAAAUACCUAUGGGAGAGGGGGGGGUACUAAAGGGUGGUUUGGAUAGUAGUAUGCUAUCAAGGCCCCCCCGCCACCCUGACCCUGGUUAGUGAUUCAGCUCGCUUUGUAUACAGAAUAAAGUAAUUUUUUAAACCAAGAUGCAUCAUGGUGACUUUUAUUUUUUGGUAACAUAAUUGUUGGUAUCAACCUCAAUAACGUUUAGUAGACAAUAGGUGAUUAGUAGUGGUAACAGGACUGAGUGGAGUCCAAUUUGGUCUGUAAUCAUACAAGUGCCAACAAAAUCGGACAACCGCGUAGCAGGAGUCCCAUUUGUUUAAUCACCAGUCUGAUUACAGACCAAAUUGGAAGACACAAAGUUCUGUUACCAAUUAAUCAUAACAUUGACAAAAAAAUUGGUGAUAUAUAAGGCUCUUUUUGAAAUCCAAACACAAGAAAUUCCAAGAUUUUUGUUGCUAGCAAUGAAAAAAAAAAGCCAUUUAAGUGCAUGCGUGAUGUGCAUACUGUCCAAUUGCUUAGCCAUGAUGCGUACUAUCCUAUUAAAGGAGCUGUGUCACGAAAUCCAGCCAAAUUAGGAAAUUACAAAAUGCCCGUUAAAUUAAGAGAAACAUAAGAAUAACCGCUUAGAAAUUUAAAGGAAGGUUUAAAUAACAUAACAGAAACAACAGAUGCCACGGAUGGGCAAAACUGAAGAAGAUUGAAGCGGAUUGAAACUAGGGUUUUUGAAAACUGUUCAGCCUAACAUUUUUUCAAAGUUGAUCCCUGCUGCUUUCAACUUUAAAAAUAAUGCUCAGGAGACAUAUUUGUUUGUCUCGGAUCUCUGAUUUUGUCAUUUACAUGUAAUUUCUCUGCUUACUUUAAGUUCCAUAGCGAUUAAAGGCAAGUAAUUUGCAAAAUAAAACAAAUUGAAAUUGUACUGCCGUGACACAGCCCCUUUAAACUGUCCUAUUUAGGCUGAAAUCAGGGCAGUUGAUAACCGAUCAGAUUCAAGGAAUUUUGUUAUAGUUAUGAUUAUAAACAUAACAACAUGAGUGAGGUGUUGUGUUACAAGGUCUUUCAACUAAAGGAUUUAAUGGGCUUGCAAACAUAGGUGAGUUAAUGUGUUACAAAUGUGGUGGGUUAAAAAAUUACAGAAGUUUGUAUGGAAUCGCGACUGAUUUAAUUUUUAAAAAAAAUAAAGCUAAACUUUUGAAUAAAAGUUAACUUACCUUUUUUUCGAUGUUGUAUUCCUCAUCUUUUAUUUACAUCUUAGCCCCAUUUCUGCCUAUCGUGACAAUUUACCAUCAACAGAGUUUCCACUGUUAAAGAAAAGGGUAUGUUUGCUAGCCCAUACAACCCUUCCAUUGAACGACCUUAUAACACUACACUUCACUCAUGUGGUCAUGUUUAUAUAGACCACUCAGCAUCAUAAGCCUUUACGUUGUUGUUCAAAAGGUUCAGCAUUUGGGCAAAAAAGGGACUCCACCCAGAAAUGCCCUAAAGCAUAGCUUCACCACAGUGAGUGGGGUUAAAAGUAUGUGUUAAUUGUUGUUCAAUUUUAUCCUUAGUUUAAAUUUUUUAUUUGUUUGUUUGAAAGUCGUUAUCACACAUUGCCAUACUUCAAAACAAAGGAAGAUCAAAUUUAAAACCAAAUAUAUAAUUUAACCACAAAAUAAACUGUGUGUGAUUUUGACAGUCUUUAUAAUGAUUUAUGGAAGAAGCCUUGUUCAAAUUCACAUGUAUGCAGGCUAAAGGGUUUUACUUGUGUAUCUCAAGCCCUGCACAGGAAAAAAUAACGGAUUCCCAUUUUUGGAUAUUUUAGGGUAUUUAAAGAAUACCCAUAAAAAUCCCAAAUUUGGCAAAGUAAGACAAGUCCCAACCAAUGCAAUUCCCAACCAAGUUCCCAGAUUGGGACUUGUCUCACUCUUCCAAAUUUGGGAUUUUUGUGGGUAUUCUUUAAAUGCCCUAAAAUAUCCAAAAAUGGGAAUCCGUUAUUUUUUCCUGUGAGCUAACCAUGGGAGAGGACAAGGGGUGGAAGCAUGGAAGAAUAAGGACUAGGAGUGAUAUGGGAGUGGAAAGAGUGUGAGGUGGCAGUUAUAAAAGAAGGGAAGAAUGUCGAUGGAGAAGUACAGGAAAAUAACAAUAUUUUGCAAUCAAACAGUGGUAGAUAGAUAGAUAGAUAGACAGACAGACAGACAGACAGACAGACAGACAGACAGACAGACAGACAGACAGACAGACAGAUAGAUAGAUAGAUAAGCCGUCUAGCCAGGGAAGAAAGAAUCCCUUACUAAUUUGGGGACACCAAUUAGGGGAGAAUAUUCAAAGUAAAAACUAUAUACAGUAGUAGGUAAAAUAUUCAUAGUUAUCUAAUUACGAGAUUUAUAGUAAAAAUAUACAGAAGUCAAAAUGAACAAAGGCUACAGCCUGCGCAGCCAUCAUCUAAAAGUUCACUUAUAUUGAGUUGGCGUAUCUUGCUUUUAAACAACAUUUGGGUUGUGACGUCCCUAAUACUCUUGGGUAGUUUUGUCCAUAGCCUAGACCCUAGAUAUCUAAUAGAGUGCUUGCUGUAGGUGACUGUCUCAUACCUAGGUAUAGAGAAAUCUGCUUGCCUCAGAUUGUAAUUACUAUUUGGUUCUUUAAAGAUGUUACUUAUAUAUGCAGGGAACAGUUUGUGCUUUACUUUAUACAUAAGGAUGCACAGAUCCUGUAAGCCACUAUUUAGUAGUGUGGGCAGGUCUGCCUUCUCUAAUAGUUGUUCAUAACUAGAAUUAUUAUCCUUGAAAACCGUUCUAAGUCCUCUUUCUUGCAGUCUUUCAAGCUUUCGAGUGUCACUCGCUUUGCAAAAAUGCCACACUAGGUGACAGUAGGUGAGGAAUGGUAAUAUCGCGCUUUUGAAUAAAUAUAUUAACUUAGAUUUCAUAGGAAUUAGAUUACGUAGUCUCAUUAGAACACCAAUUCUCUGGCUGGCUUUUUUACAGAUAGAUAUUAUAUGCUCAGAGAAAUUUAGCUUAGAAUCUAACACUACUCCUAGAAGUUAAAAGGGAGGAAGCCAAAAAGAUGGUGUGUAAAUUGAAUGUAGAGUCCUCUUAUUUAGAUGUAGUUUAGAUCUGAAAAACCUAGCUUAAUGAUCUGGGUGUUGAUUUUGAAAAUAUUUAUGUGAAAAAUAAACUGGAGAUAAUUUUUAAAAUAAUCUGUUGGACAGUUUUUAUAAAAAGUGAGAAUUUGACAUUUUACAUGUUACGAUAUAGUUUCAACUUCUUUUUUGAAGUUACAGUUAAAAUGAUACUUCUCAUCAAAUAGCAGUGACUAACACUUCAGCAAAGACCUUCUGUUGUUUUCUAUUUAAAUUCAUGAUAUUUUCCUUUUGAAGCAGCAGCGUUAGCAGGCCACUGUAAUUCAGUCAUUUAUAACUCAAAUGCCAAUCUAGAGGGUAUAAUAUAGAUUCAACCAGGGCUAAAAGUGAAGCUCUCGAUAAUAUGUAUAGUUCGUCAAAAAAAAUAUAAACUCGUGUAAUGCUAAGCGGCGAAGGCAAUGCUGGAGAAUGGUGAAAAACAACAAGUCCAAUUAGCAAAAAAGCAACUUUGCACGUGCAGCACUCUUUUUUGGUACUUUUCUUUGCUGUUGUUUUGCACGACUACAUCGUGAAACUUCCAGAAACUUCUUAGUUACCCGUUUUAUGGAGGAAAUGUUGUACGUGUUCUCAUUCACUUUUUUUACAGUCGCUCAUUUUCACCCUGAAUUGGUGGCCGCUAGCAUUUCCUAUUUUCUCACUGCUGUUACAAAAUUUUCAUGUUGUUCUUCCAACAAAAGAAAUGUCUCCUUUGUUGUUUAUCUCUCACUCUCGAUCUCUGUCGCCCUUUUUCUCGAUGAGUUUCGCUAGCCUGCCGCCUACUUUCUCUUUUUCUCUGUCUUUCUCUUGCUCUGUUUUCGAAAUUUGUGGACGUGACAAUUAAUCUACGCUAAAUACCUCAGACAACACAGAUACAGAAACAAUUUCCACUCUCCGUUUUCGUCUUUAUUGACUCUUUAAUUGUCUCUGCUUUACAAUACUCGGGUGACUGUGAUUUCCCACCAAAAUAACCUUGAGUUGCAUUUGGGUUGCCACACCUGUUGAUUGAGUUAUUUUAUGUUGGUUUCCCUGUGUUGCAGAUGGACGGUCAGAGGCAGUCAGUGUACGGUCACGUGAUUACCAAAGUUUCUGGGAUGGAUAGAUUUUCUUUGCUCUCUAUGGGGCCCCACCCAUGCAUGCGCGCUUUGCGCGCUUGAAGCUCCGCUAUAAAAGGGACCCCUAACUUUCUAGUCUAUAGUACCAUGGUAUCUUUGUGCAUCAUUAUAGUUCUUAUCUUUCUUGCUUCUGUUUCUCAUUGUAAAGUUCAACUCACAGCCAAUUAUGCAAGAAAAGAAGUGCAAGUUACCCAGGUAAAAGUAAUAUACAGUAUAAUUUCAGUGAAAGGAAAAUAAUUAUCCCGAGCAUCCUUUGGGGGUUAUUAAUUAGAUUAUCCUUGCUGUGAAAUAUGCAGGAGACUUCUAGUUUGUUUCUUCAUUUGUGAAUUGAAAUAAUAAAUUAUAUCAAAUGAGUCAUAUUUUGAACUGUGGAUAAAGAUAUGAAAGUGGAUGAUCCUUGCAGUUGAUUAAACAACCUAAAUGGUUGGAAAGAAACUUGAAAAAGUUGAGGCUUGAAUAAUAAUCAAACCCAGGACACAAUGCUUUAUCCUUUGAGCUAAUCAAGCCAUCCCGAGGGCAGGCCAUUGUAGGUUCAUGAUAUACCUGAUGGUAUGGACAGUUGUCCUGUAGAUGCUUAUAUACAGGGUAUUAAUCACAAGUCACUGGCCAUUGAAUGAAAUUCAUUAUGUCACCUGUGAUAGUUUUACAGAUAAUGUAUACCUGCCAACUUAUUCUGAGAUAUAAGCGUGAGAUUUUUAUCCUGGGAGUACUGGGAUUUUUGAAGGCGACACGAUCAUUUCCGAAGAUUCCUGAAGAAGUCCGAAGUCUUCCGAAGACGUCCGAAAAUCAAAAAUCAGAGAUCGUGAGCAGGGUAUUGUCAUUUAUUCAUUUUACACAUGGUUUUCGUUCCUUACAUGGGUCUGAGUUAACAUAUUUUUGGACAUUGUGUCAAGUAAGACGGCAAAAACUCACAUUUUUCAAUCAGGCGUGAGAAAUUGGCCCGCAAGCGUGAGCCGGCGUGAGACUCAUGCCUAAGGCGUGAGAGUUGGCAGGUAUAAUAAUGCUGACCAUUUAGACUCCCUUUGUUAAAUAGUUGAAAUAUCCAAGCAGAAAUCUGGGAUAAUGAUCGAAUGUUUUGCCAUGGUGAUCAUUUAUCAUACUUCAUUAUUUUUUUUUAGCUAGGAAAUAAUUCAAGCUCUGUUGGAGGUAAAACUCUGAACAAAGGAGGUUCAGUUUGUCUUGGACCUGGAGGAACAUUUUGUAUCCUUGGGGACCAUUAUCGCCACUUUAUUCACUUCAACGCUACCACUUCGUUAGGGAGAAAUGAUGCUGAGGGGGAACCUUCAGCAAAGAAAGCUCGUUAUGAUACACUGAGUGAUUCAGAUGAGGACCAUCUUACCUCUGAAGAUCUUGAGGAUAUUGGCAGAGAAUUUGGUCAAGAGAUGGUUGAAAAAAUUCAAAAGACAAAUAAAAACAAAGAUGAUUCUAACAAGAAUGCUAAGAAGGAGGAUUUGAUUACCAGUCGCUCUGUUUUAAAAGAUUCAUGGGAGGAUAUUGAUCAAAAGCUUAUUGUAUUUACAAGGAGUGGAAUUAAGGCAAGAUCAAAGGUAUGUAUGUCUAUCUAUCUCAUAGGGUCAGAUUUAAAAGCUGUCACUUGGAGUGCCAGCCCUUUGUCAGAGACAAUCAAGGGAUUGUAGGUUGUGUGUCAUUUAUAUAUACUAGAAAUAAGUUGAAGGAAAACUGUUCGUUUGUUCCACAUGGGGAUUAAUUGAGACAGUUCGAAGGAGUAAGGGAAUAAUUUUUUCUUAAUCCACUUGUACUUCAGACAAGUACUAUAUUAAAUUUGGUCGUCCGAAAUCCAAGAGCUUUUGUCCAAAAAGUUUAGCUCGAAACUCAAAACUCAAAAACAAUCGGGCAUUUAAUGUUAUUAAUCACAUUAUUACCCUUGUAAAUUGUUUUUGACUUAAACCAAAAAUGAAGCUUGUAAAAACAAAUGAAAUGACUGAGGAAUGGCAAAGUUAGAAGGAAUAUUUAACCUUAUUUUGUCGAGUAUGAGGUUUGCAUUUCUGACUUUUGAGAUGAAUUUUAACUCAACUGUAGUUUGAAGACAAUUUUCAACUGUUUCUUUUUUUUUUUCUAAUUAGAAAUGCGCUUGUCCCACGGACAAGUCAUGUCAAAGGUUUACUUGUCCGAACUAAAUUUCUACCUGUCGCGGACAAUCGGACAUAAGUUUUGGUGCACCCUGUAAUCGAAAGACAAGUUUCCACUCUAGAUUUUUGCAGCUUUCCUGAUUGUUUCCUUAGUGAAGAAAUUGAUUACAUAUACCAUGUUUUCACUGCAAUGAUUGGUGAAAUUAAGAUGCAGACUUUACUCCUUCAUGGAUGCAACACCACAGUUUCUCAAGAAACUACUAAACCUGUCGUUCAUAUGUCUAUAUGUGGUUGUUAAAAUAUGAGUUUGCGGGUCUACAGUUAACUACAUGUACCAACUCUUAGGUAACUUAGUGUUAGCAUUACCAGGAGACUUAAAAGCAGAAGACCCAGGUUCCAUUCCUAACAGGCCAGAUCUAUACUCAGGGUCUUGAAGUUGCUAAGGAGAAGAAGGCACUGUCCUUGUUUCAGAACUGCAAACAGUUGAACCAUCUCUAGUCUUUUUUACCAUUCCUCACAUGCAGUGCUUUCACCUCUGUCCUGCAGCUGUUUCACUUAAUAGGGAGUGUCAAGAUGGGGUCAGCAAUGAGAACAUCAAAAAUGCAAUAUUAUUAUAGGUGUAGCUAGAUUAGCAAUGUGUUGACAUCUGCAUGUCAACACAUUUUUUGUAACAUUUCUUUGCCAACACUGCAUGAGUACUUUGUGAAACUGCCUAAUUUCGUGUUUUAUCAAUAAUGGACAUACAGGUGUAGGGGAGGACAAAUUUCAUGACCUUUUUUUUCACUUACGGAAUUCAGCGCCAGGGGAGUUGGCCGACAUUUGACAAAGCGAACCUGUUGGGAUAACCACACUUAAGUUCCAAACAAAGUAUGCAAAGUCUGUUUUCAAGUGACGUUUACACCGUCCUCACCAUAGUUGAAUCUUUAAAUCUAUCUGUUCUGACUGUGGGAUGUAAAAGAACACCUUAGUCAGCUGCACAUAUUUUUUUCGUUAGUGAGAAAUCUGUCUGUUGAUGAGAAAGAUCUAUAACACACUGAAGGGGAUACACUCUUGACUGCGUGAGUGUGAGCUAAAAGGUUUGUCAAAUUGUAUUGUUUUGGCGAAGAGGUGUGGUAGCCAAGCGAAGGUCUGAGUUCAAGCCUUGUUGUCACAUUGUUUACCUAAACAAGAAACUUGGCACCAAGCAUUUGUUUCUCUUCACCCUUGUGAAUGAAUGAAUGACUGUACAUGCAAAAUUAUCCUGUAAAAUGUGAUCCAAAGGGGAGCAGAAGCUAAGUACUCCUAGUCUUUCAUACUUCUACAGAAACCAGAACAAACUUCAGUCUUAUGUCAGUCACUUGGCGUGAAUGCAGACUUUUACCUUAAUCCUGCUAUCAAGAUUAACUAUCAUUCAUAGAGUUCAUUCAUACUAAAACUGUUGCGUCUGAUUUUCUGUUAUCUUAAUUACAUGUAUUGCUAUUUGAAUUCUCUAAGAUUGCAGGUUUUGAUCUUGACAGCACACUGAUUACAACCCAGUCUGGGAAGGUGUUUGCUGCAUCAAUAACAGAUUGGAGGUGA